CUCUGACGCGCCCGACGAGCCAUGCGGCUUGUACCACUACCGCCAGUUCACUGCUGCGCAAGUCAAGAAUGUUUGAAUCCGAAGGAUGGUUUUCAGUUCUCUCUUCUAUAGGCAUGGCGGUGGGACCUCCAUUGGUCUACGCCGAUCAAGCUUACUCCAUUGUCCGCAAAAAAGACUCGACUGGGUUUUCGUCUGACGUCUGUGCCAUCCUCCUAAUCGCAAACAUAACAAGGUGUUUUUUCUGGCUCAGUGACCGGUUCGAGUUGGCAUUACUACUCCAAUCUAUCUUCAUGAUCCUUGCCCAGCUCGGCUUGUUAUACAUAUGUAUUCUCUACCGACCGAAGCUUAGUCCACAAAAUCUCGGAACGUCGCAUCGGCCGUACUCAUUAUGGCAAUGGAGUUCAUAUUCAACCUACCUCGAGUUUUUGGCUGGGCUCAUUCUGGUCGAAGCGAUACUGUUUCUCAUAUUCGGGCGAUCCGAAACCUACAUCUUUAUCAUUGGAUUCCUCGCCCUUGGUCUCGAAAGUACACUGCCAAUUCCGCAGCUAAUUAGUAAUCACAAACUCCGUUCGCUGUAUGGAUUUCGGCUGUCCACCUUACUCGGAUGGUUGGGAGGAGAUUCAUACAAAACCGCCUACUUCUUCCUGAAAGAUUCUCCGCUCCAGUUCAAAGUAUGCGCCAUCUUCCAGCUCUCCGUGGACGUAGCCAUCCUCUUGCAACGAAUUAUCCUCGGCAAUAAACCUCCGCCCACAGUGCUCCCUGAUGAGGAAGACCUUGAGCAGGCCCUUGCCCUAUCCGGAGAAUAAGCUCACACGAUAUCAUUGACCUGUGAGAGUGUAAACGUAGCUUAGAUUGCUAUUAUGAUAUCUUUAUUUGCUUAUCGUUGUGGUUUCUAAAGGCGAAUUCAAGCGCAAGGAAUGA